AUGGCUGAAACCACAUUUAUUAAAAACGAACCCGAAGAGCAGAGCAGUAAUCCACAUCAAUUUGUGAUGUCAGGCUCAGCAUUUGGGAUGCCUAGUCCGUCAUUCGGAUCUAAUUUCGGGCACUCCGUCACCAACGACGGUAUUGACCCAUCGGAACUCACAAUGCAAAAUGGAACUUUCAUGUCAUAUCCGUUCGGCUCCCAGCAAAACUUAUCAUCCAGUUUCAAUCUCGGGAACUCCAGCAUUGAUACAGCGGAGCUGUUGGAUCUGGAACUCAAUGGACAAAAUGGUGUUGGACGGGAUAACAGCAUAGGCUUUGUUCAGGAUCAACAGCGUCAACCUACGGGUAUCUCCAUGAGCCAUCAAGGCCAAAUGACGCAUGUCUACUCCAGUACCCCCGAUGGAGCGCCUAUUCAAAGCCCCUUUAUCCGCAACAACUUCAACUAUGAGCAGUUCCGUGUAAACCAAGGACAACAGGCCCAUUCGCCUCACGUGAAAAUGAAUACUCCUUUUGACCAACAUUAUGCCAACGGGCUGCCAGGUUUCCAUGGCGUUGAUCGCAACUCUACCGAUGCCAGGAGCCCAAUGACUCCAAAGACCCCUGCAAUUGCAGGACUUAAUAUUGGGACGCCCGAUUCGGGUAGUUUCUCCUCACAACCAAUGCGCGCUGUGAGUUUACACAAUCGCCAUCAGAAAACUCUGUCAAGUCAAUGGGAUGGCACCCCCGGUAGCGCACAGUCAUUGAUCGAUUCUCCAAUUUCAUCCCCCGGACAUCCCUCUCAUCAUACGGGAAUCUCUGAAAUAUUGAAAUCCGGAAAGCAUGCUUCGUUACCCACCAAGGUGGACUCAGUGCAUGGACAUCAUCACUCCACGAGCGCACAGAGCUUGGAAUCACAAGAAGCCAAGAGACGACGUCGACGUGCGUCGCAUAAUAUGGUAGAACGCCGGAGACGUGACAACAUCAACGAACGAAUUCAGGACCUUUCUCACCUCGUCCCCCACCAUCGUUUGGAAGAUGACAGGAUUCGGAAGCAGCUUGCCAAUAACUCAGCUCUCGCUAAUUCUGGUGGAUCCGGUUUGAGCCCUACAAACGCCGCCACAUCGUUGCUUGCCGGAGGAAGCGGACGCCGAGCCACAGCUGGGAACAUCACCAUGGGUUUACCGAUUGAAGAAAAGGAGAAAGGCCCCAACAAGGGUGAUAUUUUAAACGGAGCUGUGGGUUGGAUGAGGGAUUUGAUGUGGGUUAUGCAUGUCAAGCUCCAACAGGAAGAUGAGCUCGCGGAGCUGAUUACCUCUCUUGGUGGGACUUGGCCAUUUGAGCAAACCGAAGAGGAGAAACGCAUGCGCACUGAACUUAUUGAUGCCAUGGAAAAGAAUGAUCCAAACACGUUCUCUUAUAGUCGAGCACCAGGAAGUGGCCUCCGCGUUCCCAAACAUACGAACAUUGCAGGAGAAGCUUUACAACCUGAUACCUUAAGCCCGCAGAGCCUUAGCCCAGCCUUUCACAGCGGCGGGAGCGGGACCAACAGUGGUGGAACUCAGCCACAAUACUGGAAUACCUCUGGACAUGCCGGGAUGAGUUUCAAAGAGGAAGACGAAUACUCUAUGGAAAUGAAUUAA